AGACGUCUACUAUUGAAUGGUGAUUAUAAAUUGUAAUUUGUAUUGACUACGGAUUGAAUAUUUGUCUUUUUUUGAAUUUCGAAAAAUAUUUAUUUUCUUUUGUCUUAGAAUCAUUAAAAAGGUUUAUUAAUGAGUUUUUAGGAAUAUAGUUAUUAAAAGUUAUUGUGAUUUAAAAAAAUGGUUUUGUUAGCGUCAGCGGUUUGUACGAAAACCGGAAAGACUAUAGUAUCUCGUCAAUUUGUAGAAAUGACUAAAGCGCGAAUUGAAGGGUUAUUAGCAGCUUUUCCCAAACUUAUGUCAACUGAAAAACGCCACAUUCAACAUACUUUUGUUGAAACUGAUUCAGUACGUUAUGUAUAUCAGCCUUUGGAUAAACUGUAUAUGUUGUUAAUUACUACUAAGACAAGUAAUAUUUUAGAGGAUUUGGAAACUUUAAGAUUAUUUUCAAAAGUUGUCCUUGAUUGUUGCAAAAUGGUUGAUGAAAGUGAAGUAUCAAAAAAAUCAUUCGAUCUAAUAUUUGCUUUUGAUGAAAUUGUUGCUCUUGGUUAUAGAGAAAGUGUUAAUUUAGCUCAAGUUAGAACAUUUGUUGAAAUGGAUUCUCACGAAGAAAAAAUGUAUCAGGCUGUUCGUCAAUCACAAGAACGUGAUGCUAAAGUCAAAAUGCGAGAAAAAGCUAAAGAGUUACAACGCCAAAGAAUUGAUGCUGUUAAAAAAGGAGUCCGUUUACCAACUUCUUCAUCAAGUCCAUACAUGUCAAUGGCUCCUGUUGCCGAGUCAAUUUAUGAUAUUAAAGUUUCUAAGCCAGAACCUCUUAAGUAUUCUAGUAGUAACAAAGCUUUGAAAUUAGGAGCUAAAUCUAAAGAUGUUGAUUUAUUUGUUGAUCAAUUAAAAUCUGAAGGAGAAAAAGUUGUACCUCUUAAUAAAAAACCUACUAUUGUAACGUCUCCAGCAAGUAUUCAAAAUGAUGUGCAUAUUAAAAAAGAAGAACGUUUAAUAGCAGUUAUUGGCCGAGAUGGUGGAGUCAGAAACUUUGAGUUACAUGGUUUAAUUUCAUUAAAAAUUGCAAAUGAAAAAUAUCAAAAAAUUGUAUUACAAUUUAAUGAUGAAUCUGGAAACAUUCCAUUACAAACUCAUCCUAAUGUCGAUAAAGAGUUAUUUAAAAACAAUAGGUUGAUAGGUUUGAAAAAUCCAUCUAAACCAUUUCCACUUGAGUCAGAAGUAGGGUUGUUGAAAUGGACUUUGCAAUCACAAGAAGAAUCGGCUAUUCCUCUUUCAAUAAAUUGUUGGCCAAGCGAAAAUGGCUAUGGAGGGUGUGAUGUAAACAUUGAAUAUAAUUUGGAACAUGUUGAUCUUGAAUUAAACAAUGUAACAGUUACAAUUCCAUUGCCUUUUGGAAAUGCUCCUGUUAUUCAAGAAUGUAAUGGAGUUUACAGUUAUGAACCUAAAAAAAAUAUUCUUAUUUGGUCUAUUGCAGUUGUUGAUUCAUCAAACUCAACAGGUUCUAUCGAGUUUGAAUCACCAAAGUCUACUGCAUCAGAUUUCUUUCCAAUAAAAGUAGAUUUCAUUUCAAAAUCUGCAUACAACAAAAUUAAACCGGUUGAAAUUAAAAUGGUUGAUGAUAAUACCCCUAUCAAGUUUAGCUCAGAAACUUCAUUAUUUACUGGAAAUUAUGAAAUCAUUUAACUAUGUAAAAAUAGCUUAUUUGUUAAAGAAUUAUUAAUUAUUUAAAUAUUAUUCUUUUAAAAAUGUUUAUUUAUUUACAUAUAUUAUACACAUAAUUACAUUUCAAAUUGUCAAAAUAGAAAUGCUCUUUACAUUUUUCUUUA